AUGAAGAAGGACGAUCUGGAAGAACAAAAGAUCCAGGCUGUUGUGCUGACCGAUUCUUUUCAGACACGGUUUAUGCCGCUGACGGCCAUUCGACCCCGGUGUCUGUUGCCGCUGGCCAAUGUGCCCCUGAUCGAGUACACACUGGAGUUCCUUGCCCAGGCGAACGUUUCGGAGGUGUACUUGAUGUGUUGUUCGCACGCAGACCAGGUCCAGCAGUACAUCGACGAUUCCAAAUGGGGUCUUCCGUCGUCGCCGUUUACCAAAAUUCAAACCAUCAUGUCAUUAGAGUCCAGAAGCGUCGGUGACGCAAUGCGAGACAUUGACUCACGAGGAUUAAUUGCAGGAGACUUUGUGCUUGUUUCCGGAGACGUAGUCACCAACCUCGAUCUUGGAAAAGUUGUUUCACUCCAUAAGCAGCGUCGCACAUCAGAUAGAGAUUAUAUCGCCACCAUGGUGUUGAAACAGGCCUCAGAACUCCACAGAGCACGGUCUCACGUAGAACCGGCAUGUUUUAUUCUGGAAAAAGGAACAGACAAGUGUCUAUAUUACCAAGAUAUACCAUCCGUUGACGGAGAAAAGACGUCUGUGGAUAUCGAUCGCGAGAUCAUCCAAGAUGUUGCCGAGUUUGACAUCAGAAAUGACCUGAUCGACUGUCACGUCGACGUGUGUUCACCGCAAGUUCUCACCAUUUUCCAGGAAAACUUUGACUACCAGGCUCUACGUUCGGAUUUUGUUAAAGGUGUGCUGUUGAGUGACCUGUUGAAGAAACACAUUUACGCGUAUGUCACCACCGACGAAUACGCCGCCAGAGUUGAGAGUUGGCAGACUUACGACGGUAUCUCCCAAGACGUUCUGGAGAGAUGGUGCUACCCUAUUGUUCCUGAACGCAACAUAAUUGACGACCACACGUAUACUUACGAGAGCAAGCAUAUCUACAAGGAGCAGGAUAUCCGUCUUUCCCAGUCCUGCAAGAUCCAGUCGCGAGUUGUCAUUGGGAAAGACUCAUUUAUUGGAGAUGGUACAACCAUCCAAGGAUCUGUUAUUGGACGUAACUGUCGAAUCGGGAACAACGUGACGGUUCGCAACUCAUACAUUUGGGACGGAGCUGUGAUUGGCGACGAUGUGGUUGUGAGCCACUCGAUUGUUGCGGCCGAUGCUGUUGUUGGGUCUAAGUCUGUGUUGAAUCCGGGCACAGUUGUUGGAUUUGGUGUCCAGAUAGAUUCCGGAAUCGAGAUUCCAAAGGAUACCAGAAUAGUGAAGAACAGAAUCAGAAAGCUUGACGACAGUCUCUCGCUGUCCGAAACGGAGGAGGAGGAGGAGGAGACAGACUACAGUUUGGUGGGCCAGAACGGAGUCGGCCACCUUUAUAGCGAGGACGGGCACGAUGAUAGAAAAUACGGAGGUAUGGUGUACCAGAUGGACCAAUUGGCUCUUUCUGAUGUGUCUGUGGCCUCCAACACAGUUGCACAUCACCAUCGCCGCAAGAAGCGUACACAGAGCACCAAUUCCGUGUACAUUUCGGAAGACGAAGAGGAGCAGUUUGACAAGGAGGCCAUUGCUACUGUUGACCGUGCGAUGGAGUUCAACCACGACAUUGACACGGCCUUGCUGGAGCUUAAUACUUUGCGGAUGAGUAUGAAUGUGACCUACCAUGAGGUCCGUGAAGCAACCAGUGUUGCUCUGGUAAAAAGAGUGGAUCAUUUCAUUGAAACACAGACACUCGGGGCCAAAGAGGCCGUGGAGAAGAUUUUCCGCAAGUGGUCCAGCUUGUUCGACAGACAGGUUUUCGACGACGAGGACCAGGUGGACCUGCUUCUGAUUCUACAAAAACUGUGUGCGCAGCUCGACGCGACAUACAAUUCUGUUGUGUUGCUAUGCAUACUGGUAAUUUUGUACGACGAGGAGGUGGUUGAAGAGGAGAAUAUCUACAAAUGGUGGGGAAGUGACGAAAGUAAGAGCAUUGGUGCGAGAUCGAAGGUGGGCAAAUGGAUCGAUUGGCUCCAAGAAGCAGAAAGCGAGGAAGAGUGA